AUGCAGAGGGAAAAGCCGAAGCAAGACCAGUGUUUAUCAACUGCCAAUCAGAUCAUCAUAAAACAGGAUAAUACAGCCGCUGAGUUCGAACUUAUACCAAAGUACAUGAUCGGCCGCCAGUCUCUCGACACCAUCAACCGCUUCUCAUCGACAAUCAACGAUGUGCUGAAAGCAAAGUAUAGCCUGUCGGCUCUGGGUAAGAACGGUGCAAAGAAGAAAGGUGAAUUCAACUUGUACAUGCACUACAAGAUACAGGAGAGUGUUGAUACCGGAGAACUAGUUAACUACUUCACGGCGAAAGAUUACCAAAACCAUACCACGAUGAAACUGGAUAAAACGAAGCUGAAUCUUUCAACUGUUUUGCGCCACUGUAAACGAUUGUGCAAUCCCAAAGGUGCCAAGACUGCCCAAUACACCAUCAUAACAACAUAG